UCGAAUUCUGAACUUCACCCGCGCUGUCAGCUAUGCGUGCGCGACUGUCAAAUAUUACGUUGUCCAAACUUUGCCAAAUGUUGCCUUAACGGCAAAGUAAUUAGUUUCCUCUUUCCGAUUGUUGAUCCGUAACCACUGCAGGUAAAGAAUAAAACGUCUCAAAAGAGCCAAGAUCUGUUCUUGGAGUUCGCAAUUGCCGGUCAGCUUCACCUGUGCAUACUCUAAUCCAUUUGAAAUUCGACAGCGUUGAAACAAUAGGAAGUCGUGUAGUAAUGGCUGCGAUUGACGCUGAGACGAAGUGAAAGAGUAUGGCCAAAUGGUCAUGUUUAGCGUAUGGAUGAUGUGGUAACAACGCGCACCGUGUUGUCCCAAGUUACCAGAAACACAACUUGUAUUUUAGUGUUACCAGUGCGUAAUUCGUUCUCGACACCCAAUCCUCGUGGGGAAUUCGUGUGGCAGCUCUGUAUGGUUAGAGAGACAGGAGUAGAAUUUUUCGAGUGUUCAACGUUGCCAAUUGUGUUGAAUUCGCAGAACUGUCUACCGGUAACUUAUGGUGAACUUCAACGUAUUCAUUCAGUUACAAUUGGCUUGUGCGAAGUGUGCGAGGUGGACACAGUGAACAAAGGGGGAGUGAGGUCGAGUGACGCGCUCAUAUGGAUACGAUGAUUAUUUCCACGUGUUCUAGACCGCGACAGAAAUGAUGAUAAUGCUGGCGAUGUGAGGCACUUGUGGUACGUGUAAGGAGUAGGUCUUCAGUUGUGUUAAAACGUUAAUACUUAAAAACAACAGAUAAGAAUUGAGGAAGUGUCUUCUUGUGAACGUUUACAACGGAUUUGUGACCCAACACAGCUUCUCCCGUGACCAUGGGAGAUGUUGUAGUAUGGCUAGUGAUAUGGGUGGCCACACUGAUGGCUUCGCCAAGGACUACAGCAGGGGCAAAUUCGAAGGAAAUGACUUCGUGGUUUGAAGUUCAAAUCCGAGAUCUACAACAUCAACACCCAACAUUGGCCAAUGGAUCCUGUUGUGAAGGCCGGCCGACUGAAAAUGGCCUACGAUGUCCCACGGACUCGUUUUGUAACACCUACUUCCGACUCUGCCUUAAGGAAUAUCAACGACUCGCACGGGUCGAAUAUCGCAAUUGCACACUUGGAGAAAAUAUUUCGCAUGUUGUAGCGGACUUCGGAGGGAAACAAAAUCAGCACGAUUUUGAAGUCAUCCUCAGAAUCCCGAUAUAUCAUCGGUGGACGGAGACAUUCACCCUCGUCUUGGACAUCCGGCAUCGCGAUACUAAAGUCCAUUAUACAGAAAACGAUCCUCUUAUUGACCGAGUAUCAUAUACUGGUAACAUCAGUUCCUCAGAUGACUUUAAACCCAUCGACACUCGGCACGCUAAGGGAUUGUUCAAUACUGCAAACGUCAAUUACGGUAUCCGUCUCAGAUGUGCGCCGAAUCAUUACACAAAGGACUGUUCACGGACGUGUUCCCCUCGUGACGACAAGUACGGCCAUUGGACAUGUAACCAAGAUGGGAUUAAAAUAUGUGCUGACGGUUGGAAAGAUGUACAGUGUGAUCGGCCUCUUUGUCCUAAAUGCAAUUUGAUGAGAGGCCGCUGUGAGGCACCGGGAAAAUGCGUGUGUCGAGACGGGUGGACCGGACCGGACUGCAACGAUUGCGUACCUUAUCCAGGCUGUAAACAUGGGACUUGCGACAAGGAUAAGCCGUUGACGUGCGAGUGCGAACGGAAUUGGGGAGGUCAUUUAUGUGACCUCGAUCUUGACGUUUGUGGUAGGAUUUUUCCUUGCCAAAACGGGGGAAUCUGCAGAAAUAUCGCACCUAACGAAUAUCGAUGCUCAUGUAUCGAGGGUUUCUUCGGUAGAAAUUGUGAAUUUGACAGUAACAGCAAACAUCUCUAUAGAGCCUGUGAACGUGUAGAUGGGUCGCCUGUAUGUGCUAAUGGAGGGCAAUGCUUUGAAGCUGACAACACCAGCACAGGAUUUCGAUGUGAGUGUGCUCAAGGUUGGGCAGGAGAAACCUGCCAGCAAGCACUGACAGCGCUCCCCGGCUGUGCGUCAAAUCCUUGUCAUCAUGGCGGUCACUGUUCAGAAGAUUCCCAGGGCAACGCCAAAUGCACCUGCACUCCGGGAUGGACCGGACAUCACUGUCAAUAUGACAUCGACGAGUGUUCCCAGUUUGCUCCGUGCAGCAAUGGCGGGCGUUGUGUGAACAUCAUUGGCGGGUAUAGUUGCGCUUGUCAAGCAGGAUGGCAUGGUGUCAAUUGUACUCGUCCGGUGGAUACCUGCCACUAUUUACGUUGCCUCAAUGGUGGAACCUGUUCCUCUGAUCCUAGAAGCGGCCAAUGGCAAUGCACUUGCCCUCGAGGCUUCUCGGGAAGGCAGUGCGAACUUCGAAUUGGACCAUGCAGACCUAACCCAUGUAACGGAGGGGAAUGCCAAAUUCUCACUGACGGGGAUCUAACCUCAAUUAGCGUCUACGAGAAAAGCUCGUCCGCUAAUUCUUAUCGGUGCACCUGUCCGAUUGGUCGAUUCGGUAAAAACUGCGAGCACUCCGAACCAGGAUAUCGGCCCCAGCAAACGAAGCUGGAAUACGACGGAUGUUUGGUAGCGGUAAGGCAUCAGCGUUUUGGCCGGGUAGAGUUCCUUUCGACGAAGAUCUGUGGACCGCAUGGCCAUUGCGUAUCCGCAUCUGAAGAUCGGAAUUCCGGUGGUCCAGCGAGGCAUGGAGAGUUUCGCUGCGAAUGUGAUCUGGGAUAUGCCGGAGAGCAAUGUCACAUCAAUAUCGACGACUGUGCAUCUUCGCCGUGCGUGAAUGGUGGCACCUGCCUAGAUCGGGUUGGGUCGUUUACUUGCGCCUGCCCUCGGGGCUUUAUUGGUGAACGAUGCGAACAGCGUGUGGACCCUUGCGACGGUUCACCCUGCGGCCUUGGCGAGUGUGUACCGCUUAAGGCCGAUGAUUUUUAUUGCCGUUGUCCUUCUGGCCUUAAAGGACCGUAUUGUAAUCUAACUACACCAAGUCACUGUGCGACUUCACCUUGCGAAAACGGUGGCACAUGUCAAAAUAUCGAUUCCAUGUUUGUUUGCACCUGUACAUCUGACUUUGUGGGCAGCCGAUGUCAACAACGUCGUCGGGCUCCCUGUGAAGCUGGACCGUGCCAAAAUGGGGCAACUUGCGUAAAUGUCGACGAUGAAAGAUAUCAGUGCUGGUGUCCUGACGGCUUUAUUGGCCCCCUGUGCGAGCAGAAUAUUAAUGACUGCUUGGGAGCAACGUGCUUCCACAAUGCGACGUGCAUAGACAGCGUGAACCGCUUCAGCUGCUUAUGUACCCCCGGCUUCAGCGGUGCUGACUGCCGCCUUGAUAUCGAUGAAUGCUUGUCUGCUCCCUGUCAUGGUGGGGGAACCUGUAUUGAUAUGGUCAAUGACUUUCGAUGCGUUUGUCCUCCUGGUCGAACGGGUAGAAGUUGCGAGGUGCUUUUGGUUCAGCUUGCAAGUCCGACCGCUAUUUGUCUGUAUAAUGAACGAAGUCACAACGUUGGUGAUGCCUGGUCUGAGCCUAAACAGUGCUCGACCUGCCGCUGCUUAGAUGGAGGUCAGAUUCUCUGUGAAAGGCAGUUAUGUGACACUGACGAGUGUGACCUUGGACAGCCGGAUAGUUCUUGCUCCUCAACUGAGUUGGAGUGCGUGUAUACAGAAGGCGAAACAUGCUUUUCCCCACCAUGCCGUCCUCAUUCCGAAUGCCGACCUCGAGCGGAUGCCCGAACAAUAACCCCGAUGGUUUUCUCAAAACGCUGUGGCCCUAACGACGCCUCAGGCUGUCCGGCUAAACUUGCACUGGAUUUCUCAAAGCCCACAACAGACAUUGAAAACGAAACAGGGAUCAGAGCAAUUGAUGGUUUUACAGUCGAAUCGAUAUGCGCGCACGUCAGUCGAGCGUUGUCGGGGCACCAGGGUCACCAGUUGGCCGUUGGGUGUGUGGCGCGAUCAAGAACGAUGCUUGAAGUUCUAUUGUCGCCACUUCAUACAGGCGAAGAACUUAUAGCUGUUUUACAGGCGAAACGUCUCGCUGAUGUCAUACGAACGCGAACAAGUAAUUCUUCAGUGCUGAAUUCUGUAUCCGAAUUGGGACUUUACACACUGAGGCCUGCAGCAUCGUCAGCUGCCCAAGAGGCGAUUUCAGUAUAUCUGAUUUGCAUUAGCUUGCUGCUACUUCUGCUGUUCCUAGCAAUUCUCAUUCUUGCCUACAAGAUGUGCCCUCGAAGGCAGCACUCCCACGUAAAAACAAUCCUCCACCCACUGCCAACAGGUGCAAAUAACCUUCGCCUAAUGCAACCGCCGAUGCGCAAAAUAAACAACCUAUCACCUUACGAUGAAAGCAACGCCAACCUCAAUAUAUCAGAAAGUGGUAAGGAGAUGGCUGACUUCAGCAUCGGCAAGAGCCACUCUCGCUGUUAUUAUUAUUCGAGAAACAACUUCCACGACGAUUUGAAGAAGGGUAAACGGGUAGACAUACCGCGGGUUCCGACAUCGACAGCGAAGGAGAUCAAAAUUAAUGAUGGUGAAACCCCGCCUUCAUUAAUUGUGAAAAAUGAUUGUAAUUGUUAGUUAAUGAUUCUAGCAAGAAAUAGCAGCGUGUAUUUGAAUAAGGGACAGGAGUGGAUCUACGGGUAGGACCCGCCUUCAGGGGAACGUUAAUGGCAUAUUCAAGAUGUAAGGCUGAUAUGUACAUAUCGAGAAAGUCUCAAGUACAAGUAUAAAGCCACGACGAUACGCUGAUGACGACGCUUCUUACAAGGACGACCGAAACGUGGAAGCGUCCAAGAUGAACAAGGUACAAGAAUUCGUAGGGUUCGUAUAAUUGUCGUAGUCCAUGUACAGUGUGUAUUUGGUUAUGUUUGGCCCCUUAUUUAUUCAUUUUUCAGUAUUUGCUUAUACCAUUAUUACAUUUGAAUUAAUUACGCUUUUGCAAGGUGAAGCAUUGAAGACGAUGCCGGUCGAGAAUAUGGUCGAGCAUAGCAUGGUCAAUAGACGUACUGUGCCUUCAUCGAUACUUCGCCUUUGAUUUCUUAUUGCUUUUAGUGUGUUGUCGGUUAUGGCACAAUUUUCUUAUGCAGCUUUUGUGUCGAUGGAGAAAUUAUUAUAUUGCUUGAAUUUAUUUCCUUACGGUCAUUCUGCUAUAUGGUUAUACGAACUAUUUGGCUCCUGAACUACACAGGCGAGGUCAUGUUCUGCUCGAUCAGAUAGAAACACCAAAUUUCUUCGUAUAUGAAACGUACCUGAUGGUGUUACUAGGUACCAUAUACCGGAGACAAGUCACUAAUAUAUUAAACUUUGAAGUAAUAAUAAUUGCUCGCUAAGGUGGCUAAUGGACUAGUGUAGUAACAAAGACAUAAUUUAAAUGUAAAUAGUUUAGAUUAUAGAAACGCAACGAAGAACGCGAACGACCGAUUCGAACUUGAUCGAUGAAACAGUAUAGAUAUAUAAGUAGAGCUAAAUUUAUUAUCGUAAAAUGAUUUAUUGAGAAAAAAAAUAAACGAAUUAACGAAGUCGGGACGACUACCAUUUUCCUGGAAUUGCUAAAUGAUUCGUGUGAUCACCGCAGAGCCAAGUGCGUUCAACGUGCGGAUGCGUCUAGAUUUACUGUGGGUGAUGUAAGUACAAAAGGAAGUUUCACAUUGUAAAAACUAGCUUAUAGUUGUUGUAACAUGCAACAGUCCCAAUCUGUGGAAGAUGUUUUUUAACAAGCUUGUAAGUUGUACUUUUUACUUUUGCAGCGGUGAAAGUCCCAGAGCAGCAAUGUUAGCUCUCCUAAAAAAAUGACUAAGCGUUAAAUCGUGACGUAACCGCUUUUUCGUACGCGUUUGAUAGCGUGCGGAUAAAGGGCAGGUAUACGGUUGUUCUGAGGAACUCGACAGAUUCUAUCGUCCCGAUCGUUAGAUUUUAUAGUGAGCAAACUAUAUUGGACGUAGGUAACAGCACGUGUAGGCACGCUAAGGCUGGCCAGGGUUGAAAUUCACCAGCAGAGAUAGAAAUGCGUGCACGGGGAGGUAAUAAAGAGUAUUUAUGCAGAUGUAAUGAAGGAAGAAUUAAAGGAGCAGCCAAUAGAGGAAAUAAUAGACGCGAUAGUACUUAGCGGCAAUGAUGCUGCUGAUGGUGUCUUCAUCAGGAGGACAAAUCUGUUGUACAGAGAAUGUUUGAAUUAAGCAGCUUAACCUAAUAAAUUAUCGAAGAUUGUACAUACUAAAAAAAUAGAGAAAUAAAACGUAUUUAUGUUGGCAUGAA